AUGCCCCCUCCACGGUCUCUUCGCCAACGUGUUGUCACCAACGAAAACGAUGAAAAUGCGGCUACGAUACGUCUCACACGGGCAAAAGCUGCCGCUCUUGCCGUGCCAGAAGCCCAAGCCACAGCCGAAGCGACCAAGAAACCAUUACAAUCGAAGAAAUCUGCUACCAAUGUCGCCAAUGCUGCCACUCAACGAAGACGCCCCGCCCUUGGAGAUGUCAGCAACAUGACGAAGAAUGAUAAUGUAGAUGCCAAAGAGGGAAAGAAGCCGGCAGCUUCACGCGUUGGUCUAACUUCAAAGGCUUCUACCCACAGCGCAGGAGUUCAGAAGCUUAGUCGAGCAAAUACGUCACGGCCAGCUCUUAGUACCAAAGAUACUAACAAACAACGAGAAACAACCGAAUUGAAACGUCUAGGUAGCGGUUCUGGUGUCUUGGGGGGAGCAAAAACAAAACGCCCAACGGGCCAUAGAACUGUUCGAACAGAUAGUGCCAGCACGGUUGAGGAACCACCUCGAAAGAAGGUUGAACUUGAUAAGCAGCCUGAACUUGAAAAGACUACCGUCGAGAAAAAGGCCGUAUUGAAGGAGAUCGAGGAGAUCAAAGAUGAUGCUGCGGAGGAAGAAGAGGUAUUGGAUCUCGAUACUGAGGAUCUCUACGAUCCUCUAAUGGCCGCCGAAUACGUUGUUGAAAUCUUCGACUAUCUAAAAGAGAUUGAGCCUCGAACUAUGCCCAACCCGGACUAUAUCGACCAUCAAGAAGAACUCGAGUGGAAAAUGCGUGGUAUCCUAGUUGACUGGCUUAUUGAAGUCCACACCCGUUUUCGUCUCCUCCCUGAAACCCUCUUCUUGGCAGUUAACAUCAUCGAUCGCUUUUUGUCCGCUGAGGUUGUCGCUCUCGAUAGGCUGCAACUGGUUGGAGUCACAGCCAUGUUCAUCGCGGCCAAGUACGAAGAAGUCCUGUCCCCUCACGUUGCAAACUUCAGCCAUGUCGCCGAUGAGACCUUCUCGGACAAAGAGAUUCUCGACGCGGAACGACACGUCCUUGCUACACUUAACUAUGAUAUCAGCUAUCCAAAUCCCAUGAACUUCUUGCGCAGAAUAUCCAAGGCAGACAACUAUGACAUCCAGACACGAACUCUCGGAAAGUACUUGACCGAAGUCAGCUUGCUUGAUCAUAGGUUUAUGGCUUACCGACAAAGCCAUGUUGCCGCUGCCGCCAUGUACCUCGCCCGUUUGAUACUCGAUUCUGGUCGUUGGGACGCGACCCUUGCACAUUAUGCCGGUUAUACCCAAGAGGAAAUUCUCCCUGUUUUCCGAUUACUGAUUGACUAUCUCCACCGUCCUGUCGCCCACGAGGCAUUCUUCAAAAAAUACGCCAGCAAAAAAUUUAUGAAAGCUUCAAUUGUCACCCGCCAAUGGGCCAAGAAGUACCAUUCUCUCUACCUCGAUACUGAUAGUGCUUACUCGACAGAAAGCAAUAACUGCGCCAAAAGUGACAGCAAAACCAAGAGUGGUUAA